AUGGAGUUCGUGCAGAAGCUCGAAGCGCUCACGAAUCUCGACGCGGGCAUCCACUGGUUCUGCCCACGCACCACCGACGACGAGACCGGUGUUUACUACAUCGACGACAUUGACUCGAGCGAACCAGAGAGCGAGUCUGAGAAGGCGACGCGGCUUUCCAAACUGAAAGAGGCGACGCAGCGGAAGGAAGAUGCUCUAUCAGCCACACAGAUCAUCGCGUUCGACGGAGACGAUGCCAUGCCAUACCAGACGAAGCUCAAAACCCACCUCAAGACACAGCUCACUCGCUGCGAUAUCUGCAUACGGGAGUUCCACCGCUCGAGAGCAUGGCUCAAAUCUCAACUCGAGGCCGAAUAUGCCGCAGACGAAGUACGAACGUUCCUCGACAAAUACGAUGGCAUGAACAACGAGAGAAUCACGACAGGGCUGGAUCAGGCGACUGAGGCUCUCUUGGAUCUCGAACCCAGCAAGCGCAAGAUAACAUCGGCGGGAGAGGCUGGCAUGUAUGCCAUGUUUGAGGCGUUGCAGUGCCGACCAUUCCUUUACAGCGAAGAGCUACUAUCACAGCACUUCGACAAGCCUUUCAGGCUAGCUCAAGCUAACAGGAAGUUCUCUUUGCCCGGUGUAGCUCCUGGCACCGUGGCAUUUCUCUACUCCAUGAAUGCCGAGAGAUUCGCAUGGGCCGAGCGGAAUAUCACCAGACUCAAGCGCAAAAUCUUGCCAUCCGAGUUCGAGUCCAGUGUCAAACCAUUCAUGGAAGGAGCGGCGGGCCGUGUCCAUGUCGUCAACCUUGAUGCGAGAUUUCUGCCUGUCUUUUGGCGCGCCACCCGUAUGCUGCUCGAAAAGUUCGACAAGGAACUGAUUACGAAUUAUCUGCGUGCCAUGGACGUAAACAUUUACACGCUCUCACUCGAGCACUUCCAAGUCCAGCAAGACCACGUUCUCGACAUUUUCGGCUGCUACGGCAUUCUGCUGGAACUUGCGCCUAACGAUUUCUGGGAAGCGAUGGGUGCAGUAUCGCCCUCAAACGUCUUAGACGUGGCAUUUACGACGAAACCUAACCAGUUGGAGACACUAUUCACCUCAAAGCAAGAGUCUGGGCGUGACCCGCAGGCCUACCUUGCGCUGCAAGUCAAGUGGCUGGACGCAUUCGUCAAGAGCAUCAAAGCAAGCAAUCUGGUCCCACCCUUGCGAACCCUCCUGCAGUUGUGCUUGAAGAGAUACCAGGCAGACCAAUACUCACAUUUCGCUAGUACUGCUAUGUGGGAAAGAGGUCUCUGUUGUCUGCAAGAAGCUAUCAGAAUCUUAACCAGAGACCUUGAUGGGGGGCCAGCUUACACUCACUUGAUCGAGGCGGUGUCCAGAGACUACAUCGGAGACAUUCUGGCGCAGCUGGAGGGCAUUGAGAAGAAGGAAGAGUUGCAGAUCACGAAAGAUCAGAAUUCUGCUCUCGACAUCAUUCAGAAUCUUUUGGCUCUCGACGUCAGGAGCCUGUCUCGCGACCGCAGAAUGAUCGAGUCUAAGCGAGAGCUGGAUCAUGAGAUCGGAGUUGCGAGCCUGAACAUCUGGAAAAUGAGUAUGCGCCAUAUCAAACCCGGCCAUUCGUCGUUCGUCAUGUCGAUCAUACGUGGCAUGAAUGGGUUGCUUUCGCUGGAUCUGCUACCUCCCAAAAUCGUGAAAGCAGCGACAAAGACUGCCGAGAGCUGGAACAAUGCUCUGACCAGGAUCCUGGGCUACGUUGCCACGGACUUGCUGGAUCGGCUUGACUCUUUCAAUCAUGAGCAACUGCUUGACCUGAUCGCCCUUCCCGAGGCCAUGAAUGGCAUUGUUUUGCUGCUGUUCAAUGGCAACGAGAUGAUACACGCGAAUGCACUCACCUUGCUGAAGACUUUCAGUGGCGAAGAUAGCCGACGUGAGAGCAUUAUGCACCUCCUCAAGGCUUAUUACAGCAAUGCUAUGUCAGCAUUCGGGCUAUCGUUAAAGGCCGUUAUCAAUGCGCACAUCUUCGGUCCGUGUUCAACGCUGCUCAAGAUUCUGAGAGAUGUCUUCAGCUGUCUUUGCGACGAUCAAGACGGGUUGCUCAGGACAAAGACUAUCUCAGGCGAGACCGAGCUGACGGCUCUUCGAAUCCUGUGGGUCCAUACCUGGAGCUUUCUCGAAAUGGUCUUCUCACGGACGGAGGCUUGGAGCAGUCUCGGUUAUGAUAAAGCUAUGAUGCAGCUGUUCUGUCGCGACACCAUGGACCUUGCUGAAUUCGUAUUCGAUCAGUACGCAGUCAUCGCGAGCACCAUGGAAGGCGGCAGCAUACAAGUGUCUUCUGCCACUGGAAAGCAGCUUCUGCAACAAUCCAACAAAGCAUUCGGGCAUAUCACAAAGUGGUUGCGUCUCAGAGAUGAAUACUUGAUUUCGCGAUGUGUGAGCAUCACGGGUAAAAUGCUCACCAGAUUUCAAGAGGUGAAUAUCAGGAUAAGCGCAGAAAAUUCUACCUGGCUUCAGGAUGUGAUCACCAGCUCAAGUACCAGCAAAUACGCGAAGGUGAAGAACAAGCUGACCAUGAACAACAAGGCUGAGUUGCAGCAGGCUCUGGAGCGACAUCUGGGCGAGUCGCUGUCGGCGUCAGAUCUUUCCGAAACGGAAGGGCCCAAGCGAACUAAGCAAGGCUCGCUGGCCGACUGGGCAGCGUCUGCGGGUGAUCGCUCUGGCUCGUCAACACCGGUGUCUGCAAGCAGGCCCGAAGGCGUUAUCGACCUUGAUACUUGGACUAGCGCUGCAGAGAAGAGGAAGGCCGAAGAGCGAAAGCCGAUGCAGAAAGUGCCGACUCUGGCCUUCCAGAAAGCCGCCAUGAAGAAGCAAGAAGAAGCCAAUGACUUCUUACUCAAGCGGAGGCAGGCCAAAGAAGAGGCGGAUCGUAAGAGGCAAGAAGUCAUUGCAAAGGCGAAAGGACUUGGUGCUGGUAGCGGCGUCGCUGGCAUCGGCAACUAUGGUGCAGACCAUGGCACCGAGGGGCAGACAGUGAUGGUGAACGAUGAUGACCUGGAGUCAGACGACGAUGACGAUGAUCUGGACGAUGAUCUGUUCGGAACGGUCGACAAGCCGAAGAAGCAGCAGCGACCCGGCCUCGACUUUAGCGGCGCCACCGGGCUGAAGCCAGAAGUCAAGAGCGGUCCAACACGAAUACAGAGGACUGCCCGCUCGGUCAAGGAUAUGCGAGCCCGCAUCAAGCCAGCUCUAGGUCCGUUGUAUCAAACUAUGCUAAGCUGGGACUUCUUCCACACGGAUCACUAUCCACCAGGAUCCAGCCCACAGGAUUUCAGGGCUGUGGAGAACUCUUUCAGGGACCCCAUUUCUUAUCAGGCGACUUUCGAACCACUUCUUACACUGGAAGCUUGGCAAGGUAUGGUUCGAGCUCGAGAGGAGAACCAGUCUAAGCCGUACGAGCUCAAGGUACAGAACCGCAGCAAUGUUGAUCAGUUCAUCGAAUUCAGCAGCAUCAUUGGGCACCAAGAAAACAGAGAGGUAGAACUGAGAGAAAGUGACAUUGUCCUGCUCUCUACCUCGAAGAAGCCUGCCGACGAUUCGACGGCAGCUCACUGUUUUGCAAGAGUGCAGAAGACCAAGUUCACGAAAGCACAUAUGGAGAUUGUGUACCAAAUGAUGCCAGCCUCAGCGUUGGCGCCAAAGCUUACUAUGCAGUCAAUAAUUUACGGCCUCAAGGUGACGACCAUAGUCCCGCUAGAACGCCAAUACGGCGCACUCAAAGCCUUGCAAUACUACGAUCUCUGCAACCAGAUCGUGCGCGCAAAGCCGUCAUCGCGAUAUGAGUUCAGCGAAAAGCAGAUAACCUCCAUGCAGGGCGUGUACGGCCUCAACCGCGCGCAGUCAGAGGCUGUCAAUGCUGCGCUCGAUAACGAAGGAUUCUCGCUCAUCCAAGGCCCACCUGGUUCAGGCAAGACCAAGACAAUUACAGCUAUUGUCGGUGGUCUGCUCACUCAGUCUCUGAGCAAUGGUCCUGCAGGCGCGACCCGUAUUACCGUCCCGAAAGGCAACAAUGUCAAUAGCGGCAGUGAUGCCCCGGUGAAGAAGCUUUUGGUAUGUGCACCUAGCAAUGCCGCCGUGGACGAGCUGUGCGUCCGACUCAUGGCUGGGAUCAAGACGAAGCAGGGUGUCAGCCGCAACAUCAACGUCGUUCGUAUCGGCAAGAGCGACAACAUCAGCGCCCAGGUAGCCGAGGUGACCCUAGAGAACUUGGUCCAGAAGAAGUUGGGCGGAACUCAGCAGGACUCAAAGCAGCACGAGAAGGAUCAGCAGAUCUUCGAGGAGCACAAGCAGGUCUCUGCACAGCUUCGAGAGUUCUACCAACGACGUGAUGAGGACGACAGCGGUGACAAGAAGAUGCAGCCGGCAGGCCGUAAGAGACUUGAGGACGAUAUCAAUCGCGUCAAGCGACAGAAAGCAAUGCUCGGCACUCGUAUCGAUAGUCUCAAAGAUCAACGGCGUGACGCAGGGCGUGAACAAGAGCUGAACAAGCGGCGCGUCCAACAGACCGUCCUUGAAGAGGCACACGUAAUCUGUGCUACGCUCAGCGGAAGUGGCCACGACAUGUUCCAGAAUCUCACCAUUGAGUUUGAGAGCGUCAUCAUUGAUGAAGCGGCGCAAUGUGUGGAGAUGGAAUCGCUCAUUCCACUCAAGUAUGGUUGCAUCAAGUGCAUCAUGGUGGGUGACCCGAAUCAGCUGCCACCAACGGUCUUUUCGAAAGAAGCGCAGAAGUUUCAAUACGAGCAGAGCUUGUUCGUGCGCAUGCAGAACAACUUCCCGAACCAGGUCCAUCUUUUGGAUACACAGUACCGUAUGCAUCCCGACAUCAGUUUCUUUCCAAGUGAAACCUUCUACGACAGCAAGCUCAUGGACGGUCCGAACAUGGCAGAACAACGGAAGCAGCCAUGGCACGCCAGUGCUCUGCUGGCGCCGUAUCGUUUCUUCGACGUUGCUGGCCAGCAGCAGACCUCGGCCAAGUCGUUCAUCAACCUGGCAGAGAUUGACAUCGCCAUGAUGCUAUACGACCGUCUGAGGGCAGACUUCAACGAUCUCGACUGGAACAACAAGAUCGGCAUCAUCACCCCGUAUAGAUCGCAACUAAAGGAGCUCAGGCGUCGCUUUCUCAAUAAGUACGGAGAAGGCAUCAAGGACUUUAUCGAGUUCAACACAACCGAUGCUUUCCAAGGCCGUGAGUGUGAGAUUAUCAUAUUCUCAUGUGUGCGUGCUAGCCCGGCAGGUGGCAUCGGUUUCUUGCAAGAUAUCAGGCGUAUGAACGUCGGCCUCACACGUGCAAAGUCCAGCUUAUGGGUUCUUGGUAACUCCGAGAGUCUCUCGAGAGGCAGGUACUGGAAGUUAUUGGUCGACGAUGCCAAGGCCAGGGACCUCCACACUGCUGGUCACGGCCUCAAAGGCAUGUUGAAGAGACCAAGCAGUGACUUCCCUGCGCAGGCGUCCGCGGUGCCUACCCGUUCCAUGCUGGAGAUUAACAAUCAUGUCAGCCAAAUGGGGGCCGAGGUCGAGGGCAGCCGAAACGACGCUACACCCAAUUCCAAAGAACUGCCAUCUUAUACUGGCAAGCGUAAGCACUCUGCGGAUGAAGGGGAUAACAAGUCUGAUAAACCAUUUAAGCAAUCGCGAGACUCGACGCCAGUCACGAGCGCACGAAAUGGCACGGACAGGAUGGAUGGUGUGACCAUUAAGGCUGAGGACAGAAUCCGAGGCAUGAAACAGGAACGCGACCAUACGACAGCCGCAAAGUCGAUCACCGAAGCUGAAGAUGACAUGGACGUUGACAUGGUCGAUGCAGAUGAGGCAGAGCUCGACAAAGCAGGAGACGAUAUGAAGAAGGACACGCCAGAUUCGCUUGUCAAGAACCCGCGACGUUCGGCGACUCCAGCUAACAGCGCAGUCGAUCGCAACGGCGCGAAGAGCGCUUCAGGAUCAAGAGCUGGAACACCUUCGUCCACGACCGAGGAUAGCAAGAACGGUAUCGCGGGUCAGGGAAACGCAAAGCCCGCAGGAGGAAUCGCACCGCCCAGAAAGGCAUUCAAGAGAGCAGCACCGAAUGUCUUCGCGCCUAAGGCGAAGAAGCGUUGA